AUGGCGUCUUUCAGCGUCCUGCUGCUCAGCGCUGCUCUGAUCCACAACGUCCAGCCUCUACCUGCAGCACGUGACGGGGGGCGUGGCCUGGAUCUGUCAGUGGGCGGAGUCCGACGCCAGCGCAGAGAGCUUCGUAACCUGCUGCCCUAUGAAGAUCAGAUAAUGUAUCCCACUGCACAGAGAGGAGGCGGAGCCAACAACCUGUACUACCAAUCAGAUGACUGGAGGGGGAGGGGCUUGGACCAUGCUCUGCAGCGAUUGGUGGAAAAAGAUCAAAGGUGGGAACAGGAAGAGGAGCAGCGAGCAGCCUAUCUGGCCGCUCUGCUCCGCCUACUGAGUGAGGCAGAGAGCGCGGGAUUGGUUGGUCCAGGUGACGUGGAGGUGGUCGAGGUGGAGGAGGAUGAGGAGGAUGAUCAGGGGCCUACAGGGGACUUCCAGGGCCCUGACCCUCCAGACUACGAUGAGACUGGACGGGGGAUGAGCAUGGGGAGGCCCCCGGCGCUGUGGUGGGGCCUCGUGGAGCCUCAGCUGGCUCAGGCCCUGCUGGACAGGAUGGAGCCUCGGCUGGUCCAGACUCUGCUGGACAGAGCCAGACAAGAGAGACUCCAGCAGGAUGGACGAGUGAUGAGCAGAGACCAGGACACGCUCAGGCGUCUGGUUGCUAGGAUACUGUCCAGCAUCGGCCCUAACGGUACCCCGGUUGUCUCAGGCCGUAGGAUGAGACGGGACCUGUCAGUCAAACCAGCUGAACCCAUUAGCCCCGCCCACAGGAGAACCCGCCGUUCCCUUGACGACGUUUCCCCCCCAUCACCUAGCAACGACCCCCCCCUCCUCAGGGUGAAGAGGCUGGAGGACGAAGAGGAAGGGCAGGACCAGAAGCUCCGCCCCCACGCCACAGGGCUGCAGAGGAUGAAACGUAUUGACACCAUGGCAACCUCUAACGAACUGAAUUAUGGGAGUCGUAGGCGCCGGAGGAGAGCUGCCCUGAACUACGACCCCCAGCUACUGAUCGAUCAGAUCCUGGAGUACAUGAGGGAGUAAGACGCAGGCGAGGAGCAUAUUUGUUGUUCAGGUUUUCAGUUUUUGUAUCAGUUUGUUGCUUUUUGCUGCUAUUGUGAAAAUGUACCUGAUCGAUCGCUUAUUGUUGAAAUCAGGUGAAACACUGCAGAGAAGGAGGAAGCUGUCAGAAACCACAACUCCCAUGUUUGCUUUGUGGCAUAUCUUUAGACAUCACCAAUAAGCCUCAGCACUUUCUGUGAACCAAAAAAAACAAAACACUGACGUCACAGUCUGCAGCUCUCUGAUUGGCUGUUCACCUGCAGCAAUGCUCUUUGGCCCCACCCACUAAAACCAGCUUCAAGCUGAGUCCAGCUUCCCUCUGCCAGAAAGACUCUGGACAGGUGAUGGACAGUAACUGUAGCGCCGGCUCUGUGCUGUGGUUGGUCGGCUGUCGUUGUGUUCCUGUACUUCAGCUUGUUGUCAUGGUGACUCGUCUGUCUGUGCUGAAACUUUGAUUUAUGUUACACUGAGAAAUAAAAUCAGUAAACUGA